AUGUCGUUAGCUACUGGCGAAAAUUUUCGUAUCACCAACAACUUUCCAGAAAACGAAGAAAGAAACGUGUUAAAAAAAGCUAAAAUGGAAGAUGGAAGAGCCAGAACGACGCAGCAAGGACAGAACAGAACUGUGCUUGGAACGAUAACAAACAACGUCGCAGUUAGAAUUCAGCCGCCUCGUGCUGCUAAACAGGUCAGUGAAAUGAACUACAUUUAAACCGCUCAAAGAGUUUUCUAAAAAAAUGAUAUCCUAUGCUAUUUGCUUGUUCUUUCUUUGACGAGUUUUGUCGUUAAUUUCAGGCUGGCCUGGCAAAUUCUUUGUACGGCUUUGGUGCCACAAAGAACGACGAAAAUGCAUUCAGUCGUGCACAACAAAAGACUGCCUUCUCUGUACCAACAACAGCACAGCAAAGUUUCUCUAUUCAUGUCGACCCGGAACCUGUGCUUGCAAGCGCUCAAAGCGCAGCGUUUUCCAGUUCUGCAGUUCCAGAACUCAACCCGGCGUUGACUUCCCUUUCACGACCUGCUUUGACAAAUGUGUUCGUCGCAAACAGAACGGCAGCGGAAGGUAAGUGUGGGAAUCACAAUGUGGAACAGUAAGCUUACAUGUACUUUGAAUGUUGGAGACUGAAUGGACCUGCCCGUUCUUUAGUUUUAUUUUCAACUGUAAAACAGUAGUGAAGCUUUUUUACGAGCCCCAAUUUACCCAAUUCUUGUCAAGUUCCUCAUUUAUUCGCUUGUUAAUGUUUUCACUUUUCUCUUUCGCAGUGGACUCUCCCAUGGUUAUAGAUUCGAGCGAUGACGAGGACUUUGAAUGCACGAGUGAAACAACGCCAGAAAUACGCGACAUCGACACUGAUAGUGGUAUCUUCUACGUCUCAGAAUAUGCUUCAGAGAUAUUUCAAUAUCUAAAGCAGGCAGAGGUAUUGCUGUUUAAAUUUAUAAUUGGUUCGAAUAAAGUUGUAAGAAAGUUGAAUAGAGCUUUCAAAACUAAUUCAAUUUGUUAGACAUGCAAAAUCUGCAAUGAAGACUGUCUAGCUGAAAGUACUUUCAAAAUCCUUCAGUGACUCCCUAGUCCACUUAAGACUAGCAACAAAAUAUUGAUUUUUUGCAUGGAUUAGAACCUCCACCGAAUUUUGUUGGCUAUUUGUGUUCACUGGUACUGCAGCCAAUUCCUGCAGCCAGCAAGAACAAACUUGUCAUUGAGGUCUCUGACACUGUCACAAAAUUGAUCACAACAGCUCUCUGCCAUCAUGCCUGCCAAACUCAAAGGACCCUCAAAGGGGUGUGAGUUUUGCUAUCAAAUUUGAAGUCAGUCCCAAAAUGUCCUUCUACUUUUACCAUUUGCAGAACAGAAGAUGUAAGCAUAUUCAGAAGUGUUAAAUGGUCAUCUUCAACACAUGACCAAUUUUAAAAGUUGUACCUAGUAAGACUUCCAUACAACCCCAUGCAUUUGGGUCCCAUCCUCACAAAUCGGGACAGUUUUGAAACCACAUAUCUUUUUACCAGGAUUGGUGCAAAUGGAGCCUUGCAGUGGGGCUACGGUAACAGGGGCCCCUUGGACAAAGUUGACCAAUUGGACCACAAGAAAAUAACAAUACAUUUCAAGAAAGUUGGUUGUUGGCCAACCAGCAACUCGUAAAAAAAAACAAUAACUAAUUUACUUGAAACAUGAAAUUUAAAUAUUAGUCCCAAACGUUUUUGAAAAAAACAUUUGCAUUUGCGUCUAGUGAAUGAUUCAAAUGCAUUGACUGAUAGCCAUAUUAUUUUGUAUUCUUUCUUUGCAGAUUAAACACAGACCCAAGCCUCACUACAUGAAGAAGCAAGUUGACAUCAACCACAGCAUGCGCAGUAUCCUUGUUGACUGGCUGGUAGAAGUGGCAGAAGAAUACAAACUCCUACCCCAGACCCUUUAUCUAACAGUUAACUAUAUUGACCGAUUUCUGUCGGUCAUGUCAGUCAGGAGGGAAAAGCUUCAGCUUGUGGGCACGGCUUGCAUGUUAAUAGCGUCUAAGUUUGAGGAGAUUUAUCCACCAGAAGUAUCAGAGUUUGUGUACAUCACAGAUGACACCUAUCCUGCCAAGCAGGUAUGUACCCAUUAAGUGCUAAGCAUGCUCUUGUGGUCUCGCAUCAAGGGUUACAACAACCACUGUACCUAGAAGUCAAGUCUUAUAUACUUGUAAUGAGCAAAAUCUCUCAGGUUAAGAGUUUGAAAAGUGUAGGGGGCAGGGAGCAAAGUUACAUGAGAAUACUGGUGAUACUGUCAGUUGCAUCUAAGUGUGAACACGAGAAAAAGACAUGUUCUAAUAAAUGCCAGACAUGAUGUGUUUUGCCGCCGAAUAUUUGAAAUUUGACAGCUGUUAAAGCAAACUGUUGCGCCAAAUGUAAGUUGUUUGUAUGUUUUUGAUCAGGGCAUUUCGCUCAUAUUUCAUUUUUCUUAACUUUCAGGCAUACAUCUCGGUCUGAAACAGCACACUUGCCUCCAGAAAAGUAAGAAU